UUACUUCACAUCAUUGUGGUGUGUAUCGUGUGUCAGUGUACAUCGUUCGCUCAGAGCGUGCACAGUUGAUAUUUUUUAUCUCAGCUUUAUGCACAGGGGCUACUAAAAAGGAUUAUAUAUCAGUUAAGAACAUCGGCCAUUAGGCGGGAUCUAGUGGAUUUGUAUCUGUGAACCUGGACGUUAAUUCAGUCGGAGGAAUGCCAUGCAUGGUGCUGUCCGGAUUAGAAUCGACAUAAGCGGGCAUUUAUAACGGGAUUAGACACCGGGGUAGAGAAUCCAACAAGGGAGGAUUAUCAUAGGAGACAAAAAACAACCUGCAAACGCUUUUUAUCACUCGCCAUUCUGUCACACGGAAGAAGCGUGCCACAUUUUAAAAACGAAGCUCCAUCUCUGUAGUAGAGUGAAUAAUGGCUUCAUGGACCAUCCAUUACAACUAUUCACCAAGGCAAUUGUGAUUCACUGUUGGAGCACAUUACAUCAAACUGCUAGAGUAAAGCACCAAACGAGCCCCCCUUUAUCGGGAAUACUAAUCUUACUGUUUGUCGCUGGCGUUGUUGGAACGCUUGUGGGUUGCGGGAAAGAAAAUUGACUCACUGUCGAUGCACGGUCAUGAUCGUUUUCUGAUCCUAAACAGUUUGGUUAUCUCGCAAAGUGGACUGCGUCUGUCAUUCUGCAGAUUUCUUAAAAAAAAAAAAAAAAAAAAACAGUUCUGCUGCAAUUCUUGUCUCAUGAAGCACUGACAGAAAUUUCCAAUUCAUUCAAAAGUCAAAGAAACGCUGUUGAAAAAGAAAAAAAAAUAUUAUUUGAUAUUCAAAAUUAAUUAUUCAAGAAAAAACACCAAGAAAGGUCAGGUGGAAUUCUCUUCAUGCCAUCGUUGUAAUUUUCUACAAGGAUCCACACCUGGGGGAUACUCUAAAGGAGGGCUGUCGCCAAAUCAGUAAGAACGACUGGUUCUGUAAAAGCCGGCCUGAUCUAGUGUUCAGCCGGGAGGUAUUCAAUACUAGCGGACCUUAACACUCAGAUGGAAUAAAUCCCCUCCAUGGUUUUGCCUGGAUUAUAAUUGGAUUAGCUCAUCUAAUAUCAGUCUCCAGACUACAGCGGAACAUCGCAACAUUUUUUUUCAUCUUCUUCUCUCUGCGUGCUUCGGUGUGUGUGUGUUUGUUUUCGUCGUCAGCCACCAUGAAUUUUCUUCGGCGCCGUUUCUCCGACCCAAACUCUCUCGGAAAUGUACCCAAUGGAUAUUUUCAGAAUAUCGGGACUGAGGAUACCCGGGAUAAAGCUUUGGCGGCGGCGGCCGUGCCUCCCAAACGCGAUCUGGGAUUCUUAAGCUCGUUAACAACGGGGAAACAACAGGAGAGGACGAAGUGUAAGACGCUACUUGUCAUCGAUGAUCAGCACACGGACUGGUCCAAGUAUUUCAGAGGCAAGAAGAUCCACGGAGAAUUUGACAUCAGAGUUGAGCAGUGUGAGUUUUCCGAGUUGAACCUGGCAGCGUAUGACGAUGGUGGAGUCACCGUGGACCUUAGAGGAUUCCGUCAGGGGCAAAAGAUCGUCAGGACAUUCAAGCCAGAUUUUGUCCUGGUCCGCCAGCAUGCAAGGAGCAUGGAGGUACAGGAAGACUGGAAGAACAUCAUCAUUGGGUUCCAGUAUGGAAACAUUCCCAGCAUUAACUCAUGGCAAGCUGUCUACAACUUCAUGGACAAGCCUUGGGUUUUUGCCCAGCUGACCAAGAUGCAAGACAAGCACGGCAGAGAGAAGUUCCCACUGAUAGAUCAAGCCUUCUAUCCCAACCACAAGGAGAUGGUAAGUCCGUCAAUGGAUUCCCGCCCCCUCCCUCCUCCAUCUUGAUUUUUGCAUGAUUGAUUCAAUUGUUACGCUGGGCUGGUAUGACUUGAGGCUACCAUUGGUAACCUGCAGCACUGAAGUUCCUUUUAUGCGAUCAAUAG